GAUGGUCGCACCCUCUCCGAUUACAACAUUCAGAAAGAAUCUACCCUUCAUCUUGUCCUUCGACUUCGCGGAGGUAUGCAGAUUUUUGUUAGGACACUCGCUGGUAAAACAAUUACCCUUGAGGUUGAAUCAUCUGAUACAAUUGAUCAAGUAAAAGCAAAAGCUCAAGAUAAAGAAGGUAUACUACCUGAUCAACUACGUUUGAUUUUCGCUGGUAAACAGUUAGAAUAUGGUCGUACCCUCUCUGAUUAUAAUAUUCACAAGGAAUCAACCCUUCAUUUUGCUCUCAGUCUACGUGGAUGA